AUGGUGAUCCCCCUCUUCCUCUUCUAUAUGCCCACCAGUGAAGCCUUAAUUCGCGCUGUGUACAACCACAAUGGCAUUAGCCAAGAUUUUGAUGCCUUGCCUUCACAUUUCGGGCCUUCCCUCCACCGUGAAGGUCUUCUGGGUUACCUCAUGGAAGCCAGGCCAGCCAAUGCCUGCCAACCCAUCGACGCUCCUCCAUCUGCCAAUGGGUCCUUUGCCGCCUUCAUCGCUCUCAUCCAGAGGUAUGACUGCCCCUUCACCACCAAGGUCCUUCAUGCCCAGCGAGCUGGCUAUCACGCUGCUGUUGUUCACAAUGUCGACUCGCAAGCCCUGGUGACCAUGCUGAGUGAAAAGGAGAAUAUGAAAGAGAUGGUCAACAUCCCUUCUCUGUUCAUCAGUGAAUCGGCUUCCACCCAGCUCAGAAGGAUCUUCCAUUAUGACCCAACCGCUUAUCUCAUCCUCAUUCCAGAAUGCCAUUGGCUCUCCUGCUGGGAUGUCAGAUACAGCUGCCAGUCAAAUCCUCAAACGUCUAGGCAAGGCCUUCCGAAGCAGACUUUCCCCUGUUUCCAGACACAUUGCCAUCUCUUCAGCCACAUCCAUUACCUGCUUUUUGGCCUCACGCUGGUCAUCUGGGGGGUGGCUUUGUACGUACUGUGCUGUUUGUAA